GUGGUGGGUCCUCCCUAAAAUUCAUACACACACACACGUAUAAAUAGAAUUUGUUAGCCACAAGCAAUUCAUUCUUCAGAGGUGUUACAAUCAAACACCAUAGUUUAAGGUCCAGAUUCAAAGCUCUUUCAAGAUGGAUACUCGCAGGAUUGCUGGAGUCAAAUAUGAGUGCUUACUUUUCGAUAUGGAUGACACUCUCUAUCCAUUGAGCUUAGGGAUCAAUUUGGCGUGUCGCAGAAACAUACAAGAAUAUAUGUUGGAAUACUUGCAUAUUGAAGAAAGUAAUGUACCAAAGAUGUGCCUGGAUUUGUAUGUGGAACAUGGGACAACUAUGGCAGGAUUGAAGGCCCUUGGUUAUGAGUUUGACAAUGAUGAGUUUCAUGCUUAUGUGCAUGGAAGAUUACCAUAUGAGAAACUGAAGCAAGAUUUAGUGUUAAGGAACCUUCUGCUUUCCAUGCCUCAGCGUAAAAUAAUAUUCACCAAUGCAGAUCACGCACAUGCGGUUGAAGUUCUCAGCAGGCUUGGCUUGGAAGAUUGCUUUGAGGGCAUCAUAUGCUUCGAAACGCUUAAUCCUCUCAACUCCUACCGACAAAUCCUCUGCAAACCAUCUGUAGAAGCCUUUGAGGCUGCUAUUAGAAUUGCAAACGUGGAUCCGAAGAAAACAAUUUUCUUUGAUGACAGUGUUAGAAAUAUUGCAAGUGGAAAAGUAGCUGGAUUUCACACUGUUAUUGUGGGUCGUUCGGAUUUAGUACCCGGUGCUGACCAUGCUCUUAACAGCAUUCAUAAUAUCAGAGAAGCAUUACCUGAAAUAUGGGAGGUUGAAGAAGGAAACCAACAGCAAAUGAUUCAAUCUCUUGCCGUUGAAGCCACGGUCCAUGCAUAGGUUUUGCUUCGAUAAAAUAUUUUAGUAAGCUUAUCAGGCAAAUCAAAAGUUUGUACCUCGGCAGAGUUUUGUCUAUCUAAAUCUACAAUAAUUAUGCAAUUGUCUCCACAGUAUAGUGGUGCUUAAAUGUAUGAAUCUUGCAAAUGGCAUCACAAAAUGGAUGCGAGACUAUUAAAUGCAAAGUUCAGAAGCAUAAAUUUAGAAUACAAAAGUACAAUUAUAUUA